AUGGCUGGUCUCCACGAGAAACAGGAGCCUACAUUUGGCGACGCGAACACCUUCAAGCCCGAGGCGGAACCCGACCUGGAGCAAAGGCGCACUUCUGUGACCAGCGUCAACGGCCGCAGAAUGAGCAGGAUUGGACCCCCUCCGCCAAGAGCGGCUUCCCUCACCAAUGACUCGGAUUCCGCAGAUGACUACAGUAAGCUGGUGCAGAUGGAGGCUCAUGAUGUUAUCAAGUACCGGACUUGUUCCUGGCAAAAGACCGCUGCAUUGCUCUUCUCGGAGUACAUUUGUUUGGCCAUCAUGUCGUUCCCUUAUUCGUAUUCCGUACUAGGUCUCGUACCGGGCCUCAUCUUGACCGUGGUCCAAGCGGCAUUCGUUCUCUACACGUCUCUGAUCGUCUGGGAGUUCUGUCUGCGUCAUCCCGAGACGAGAGAUGUCUGCGAUAUUGGUCAGAUGUUGUUCUGGAACUCGAAGUGGGCGUGGUGGUUCACCGCCAUCAUGUUCCUCCUGAACAAUACUUUCAUCCAGGGUCUCCAUGUCCUGACAAUUUCCCGCUAUUUGAACACCAUGAGUGGCCACAGCGUCUGCACCGUGGGCUUCGCCGCCAUUGGCGCCGUCGUGUCUUGGGUCUGCUCUAUGCCGCGUACUUUCAAUGCUCUGUCGAAAUUAGCCGCCCUGUCGGCUUUGUUCACUUUCGUCAGUGUUAUCCUUGCCGCUGCUUUUGCUGGCGCGGAGGGCAAACACGGCACUGCCGGGUACAAUCCCGAUCCCAACCACAUCAAUGCCGCAGGUCAGAAGGUUGGAGGUGAACCUUUGGUGCUGGCUAUUCCCCUAGCAGGCACCACAUUCGUCUCCGGCAUGAACGCCUUCCUAAAUAUCAGUUAUACCUUCAUCGGCCAGAUCACCCUGCCAAGUUUCAUCGCCGAAAUGAAGAAUCCGUACGAUUUCCGCAAGGCAAUUUGGAUAGUCACCAUUUGUGAGGUUAUUGUGUUCAGCUUGGUCGGUGGUAUUGUGUACGGCUACACCGGAACACAAUACAAUACCGCCCCGGCUUUUGGCUCUCUGGGCAACGACGUUUACAAGAAGGUGUCCUUUUCCUUCAUGAUCCCGACGUUGAUCUUCCUUGGGGUUUUGUACGCCUCGGUCUCCGCUCGCUUCGUCUUCUUCCGCCUGUUUGAUGGCACCGUCCACAAGACUUCGCACACCGUGGUCGGCUGGGCCUCUUGGGCUGCGAUCCUCGCCGUGACCUGGGUUGUUGCCUUCAUCAUCGCCGAAGUCAUCCCUUUCUUCUCGGAUCUGCUGUCUCUCAUGAGUUCCCUAUUCGAUAGCUUCUUCGGCUGGAUCUUCUGGGGCGUGGCAUACCUGCGCAUGCGACAGGCCGACCUGGGACCCGGAUUCUAUCGCAAACGCGGCAUUCGAGGAUGGAUCGGGUUCUUGAUCAACAUUUUCAUCAUCGUUGUGGGCGUCUACUUUUUGGGCGUGGGCACCUAUGCAUCUGUUGACAGUAUCAUACUUGACUACAAAAACGGAAAUGUCAAGGGUGUCUUUACGUGCGCGGAUAACUCGGUGUAA